CUUGUGAAUAUAGGUGAUGGUUUAUUGUUAGUGUAUUUUAUUGGCAUUCCUGCAUUGUCCAGCUUGUCUAACACAAGGUUUCCAUGAUAGAUGCACAUUUGAAAUCCUCUGAACGAAUGGGGAAAAAUCAUUAACAUAGUGUUGCAGCGCCGGAAAUUGCGUGGCAUUUGCAGUCACUUGUGUAUGAAGUGUUUUGUGAUCAUUAUCAGUGGCUAUCUGAUGGAGAGAUGACUGCCAGGCCUGGUAAGAGCCUGUCAGAAAGUGUAGGUACAGCGCUGGAAGUACAUCCUGCUUUUCUGUUAUGUAUUUUGAAGAAAAAAAAGGGGGAUUGGAGGCGGUUCUGCGGUGUGCUGUUCCUUGCUGUAUUGCAGGUUAAACUUUGUUUGCCUACCUAGAAAAGUAGCUGAUCAAGCCCUAAAUGUGCUAUCAUUGACAAAUGAAAUUUGCACAAAAAUAAUUAUAAUAAAAAAAAAACUGAAAGUUCAUAGCAAUGGAGCUGAGAAUGCAUUAAGAGGGCUCAAUCAUUAUUUCGACGUUCCUUGCACUGUUCGUUGCUGAGGAAGGGGAAUCUGAUCCUCAUAUGAAAAUGGUAAAAAGAGCUCUGGCAUUUUUCGUGUUCGUUUAUAGUUGUGUUCAUGUUUCUACAACAUAGAUAUGUGAAAGGGCCGCCAAAAUUGCUGAACAUUUUGCUGCAAAGGAUCCAAAUCUUUUCCAGGGCAACCUGACACCAAUGUCUUCUCUGAAAUGAACGUUUUGGUCCAGCAGAUGUCUAACCUUUAACUGAAAGGUACAAACCUUUUAGCUUAUGUGCGAUGCCCUGAUGUGGCCUGUCAUUUCUGUAAGUGCAAGGUAUAAAAUGUCAAAAGCAACUGUGCUUUUGACAUGACGGGACAUGCAGCUGGUAGCUUUAGAGCAGCUUCUCCAAAGGACACUUCUAUGUAGCCUUAAGACGUUGCUUUAAAGCAUGUGGCUGACAAUUGAAGUACGAUUGAAUUGAGUGGUACAGCAGUGCGGUGGCACGGUGCAAGCGCAUUGUAUGGUGCUGUGUUGUGAAUCACGUGACAUUUAUGUGAUUUGCAGUUGAGUGUCAGUUGUUUCUGUACCUAAUAGUAAGUCCUUGAACCCCCCCUUUAGUUCAAUGAACUUAAGGCGCUAUGACCCUUUUUCUCAUGGUUUCAGUGCAUUUUGUUAAGCUGACCUUUAUAAAGACCGAGAAGAUACCUAAAAUCUCUUGAAGGCCUCAAAGGGUGUCUUACAAUAGCUUUUGAGAGAUGUGUGGAACGUUGUUGGCAUCAAAUGGGCGCCAUUUCCCAAAUCUUCCGCUACAAAAAAAUUUUUUUUUUUAAUGUGCCUCAUAUGCGUGGAGUUACCGCAGUAAAAUGCUGUGCUGACUGACAUGAAGUGAUACCCAGGUGGCUGUACCCAUCAUUGCACUGGGGUCUUGUAUUGGCAUGGCCUACUUCAGCAACUUCAGGGUCUACUUUCAGCCUCGGGCUCAGGCGAGCGAGCCUUGUCCUUGCUACUGAAAAGUCAAUGGCAGCCUCGGUGCAGCACCCCUUUACAAACUAUUCUUUUUGUAUGUAUCUUGAAAGACUGACAUAUCCAUAGUAAAGGCAGAAUUUGCCAAUAGUGGCAGUGCAGGUCAGCACACUGCUCCGACAUUUUUGCAAACUGUUCAAUCCUGCUGAUCCAUUCACACCAGUUUUCCUUGUUUGCUCCUCUUCACACCUCCGCAGGUCUGGUGUUCCAGUGGACAGGCAUGGCUCGGGAACCUGUCACUCUCAAUGUCUAUGAUAUGUACUGGAUCAAUGAAUACACGGCUCCCAUUGGCCUUGGAGUAUUCCACACAGGUGUAGAAAUUUACGGGACAGAGUACGCUUACGGGGGCCACCCAUUCCCUUUCUCGGGAAUCUUUGAAAUCCCACCGAAAUUCGCGAACGACCUCGGAGACCAGUUCAAGUACAAGCAGAGCAUCCUGGUGGGCCACACGGACUUCAACCAGGUAGACGUGCGCAAAAUUGUUGAGGAGCUGGGCAACGAGUUCCGCGGGGACCGAUACCACCUUAUGAACAAGAACUGCAACCACUUCUCGGGCGCCCUGACCAAGAUCUUGUGCGGAGAGGAGAUCCCGGCCUGGGUGAACCGACUGGCCUACUUCAGUUCUUGCGUGCCUUUCCUUCAGCGCUGCCUGCCCCGAGAGUGGCUGACGCCCAUCGCACUCCAGGCCAGCAUCCAGGAGGGCAGCACCUCUAGGGUCCACAGUCCCUCAUCAGCCCACCUCCGUCACCGCCGCCAGCGCCGAAUCCCACACGGUCAUCACAAAAGCGUGUGCCCCGGAUCUGACACGUGGCCCCCGACUCAAGGAAAAUGGCGCGACCCACACCAUCCCUCGGUCUCUUGAACCCAA